GUGUCCUUGGACGUAAGUGUUUUGGCUUAAUAUACUUCUGGAGCUGAUCCUCGACAGCGAAUAAAACAGAGGCGAAGUGUAUCAAAUCCAUGGAGGAGGAAGGCGAUCGCAUCGAAAAUCUGCAAUACCAUGAUCUCUCAACUCCUAUCCUCCGCUGCGAAGAAGAAGAUGAAGAAGAUCUCCAAAACUCCCCAAUCGAGCAAGUCGCCCUCACCGUUCCGAUCACCGACAACCCCAACGCGGCCGUCAUUACAGCCCGGAUGUGGAUUUUAGGAACGGCAUCCUGUUUUCUCCUAUCUUUCUUGAAUCAGUUCUUCUGGUACCGUAAAGAACCUCUUACCAUCACCUCCAUCUCCGCCCAAAUCGCCGUGGUUCCCGUUGCCAGAUUGAUGGCCACAUAUCUGCCGGAUCGGAGAUUCUUCGCCGGUACUAAUUGGGAGUUCAGUCUCAAUCCCGGUCCGUUCAGUGUCAAGGAGCAUGUUCUGAUUACGAUUUUCGCAAACGCCGGGGCUGGAAGCGUUUAUGCCAUCCAUGUCGUGACGGCCGUUCGGAUCUUUUACCGGCAGAAGAUUUCUUUUCUUGUUUCUCUGCUCGUCGUCCUCACCACUCAGGUUUUGGGUUUCGGGUGGGCGGGAAUAUUCCGGCGGUAUCUGGUGGAGCCGGCGGCCAUGUGGUGGCCGUACAAUCUUGUUCAGGUCUCGCUGUUCAGCGCACUUCAUGAGAAGGAAGUUCGUGCAAAGGGCAGCCUUACUCGCAACCAAUUUUUUCUAGUUGCCUUCAUCUGCAGCUUUGCCUACUACGUCUUCCCAGGUUAUAUCUUCAGCAUGCUCACAUCCCUUUCAUGGAUCUGCUGGAUCUUUCCAAGCUCUGUCUUUGCACAUCAACUCGGCUCUGGCCUCCGCGGGCUUGGAAUUGGUGCCAUUGGUCUCGACUGGUCCACUGUUUCCUCCUACCUAGGCAGCCCCCUUGCAAGCCCAUGGUUUGCCACUGCUAAUGUUGCCGUGGGAUUCAUCAUCGUCAUGUAUGUCAUCACCCCCAUAACUUACUGGCUCAACAUUUACCAUGCCAAGACCUUCCCCAUAUUCUCAGACAACCUCUUCACAGCCAAAGGGCAAAUCUAUAAUGUAACAAAUAUAAUAGACUCUAAUUUCCACCUUGACCUCAAUGCCUAUGAGAAGAAUGGUCCCAUCUAUAUGAGCACCUUUUUUGCAAUGACUUAUGGCAUAGGAUUUGCCUCCCUCACAGCUAUUCUCUCACAUGUACUCUUGUUCCAUGGAAGUGAAAUAUGGCAAAUGAGCAAGUCCGCAUUCAAAGACAAGAAGAUGGAUGUGCACACAAGACUUAUGAGAAGAUACAAGCAAGUUCCAGAAUGGUGGUUCAUCUGCAUGCUUGUGAUCAACAUUACGCUCACUAUUUUUGUUUGUGAGUACUACAGUGAUCAGCUCCAGCUACCCUGGUGGGGAGUUCUAUUAGCAUGUGCCAUUGCCAUGUUCUUUACUCUACCUAUUGGCGUCAUCACCGCGACCACGAAUCAGACGCCCGGAUUAAACAUCAUAACGGAGUAUAUCAUUGGAUAUAUAUACCCUGGUCGCCCCGUUGCAAACAUGUGCUUCAAGGUUUAUGGCUAUAUCAGUAUGUCUCAAGCCUUAAUGUUUCUACAAGAUUUCAAGCUUGGUCACUACAUGAAAAUACCCCCAAGAACAAUGUUCAUGGCCCAGGUCAUGGGAACUGUGAUUUCGUCUUUGGUCUACCUUUGCACUGCAUGGUGGCUUAUGGAUUCAGUUCCCAACAUAUGUGACAGAGAACUCCUUCCUUCAGACAGCCCAUGGACAUGUCCAGGAGACCACGUCUUCUACGAUGCCUCUGUCAUCUGGGGCCUCAUUGGUCCUCGCCGAAUCUUUGGUGACUUGGGAAGCUACUCUGCCAUAAACUGGUUCUUCCUGGCUGGAGCCAUUGCCCCACUUCUUGUAUGGAUUGCCCACAGAGCUUUCCCUUCUGCAAAGUGGGUAAAGCUUAUUAACGUGCCAGUGUUGAUUGGUAGCCUUGGAAGUAUGCCACCUGCAACAGCAGUCAACUUUUCCACAUGGAUCAUUAUUGGCUUUUUUUCAGGCUAUGUUGUGUACAAUUACCGUCGAGACUGGUGGCAGCGGCAUAACUAUGUGUUAUCAGGGUCGCUUGAUGCAGGUUUGGCCUUCAUGGCGGUGUUGCUGUAUCUGUGUCUGGAACUGGAGAACAUUAGUUUGAAAUGGUGGGGCAAUGAACUGGAUGGCUGUCCUCUGGCCCACUGCCCUAGUGCUGAAGGAGUUGUGGUGGAUACAUGCCCUGUCUUCUCUUAAUUUCUGUUUGUUGCACCUGCACGUCAACUUUUAUGUCCUUAUAGUGGUACGUCAUGCAUGCAAAUUUUAUGUUAUAUAGCACAAUUCUAAAGUAUUUAUAUAUCUCACACCUAAACUUUCAUAUUUA